AUGGGCCCGGUCGUCGCGCUCCUGUACGGCUUGCAGGUGGCGGGCGUGUUGCUGCUGCUCCUCCACACGUACGGCUGGUCCGUCGCCGCCCGCAACCGCCGCAAGUCCCUCGAUCGCCUUCGUUUGCGUCGUAGCUCGUCCGCCGCGAAACAGCCUCCACGCGCGACGCGAAAGCGCGGCGCGCAGCAACCAGGUGGAGAUAUUAUCUCUACUGACGAUGGCGAUUACAAUGCGCGAGCCACGGCGAUCAUUUCAAGUGGUAGCACGACGGGAAGCGCGGAGAAUUCCCUCUGCCCGCAUUGGCCGGCGGUGGCGGUGGUAAUGCCCGUGCGAGGUUUUCACGCGCACACGGCGAGCAACUGGGCGACGCACAUCACGGCGGAUUAUGCGGGCCCCGUGGAGUUCCUCAUCGUCGUGGAGAGCGAGGCGGACCGCGCGCAGCAGGGGGAGGUGCAUCUGAGGAAGGUUCGUGUGGUGGUAGCUGGCACCUCUACCACAUGCAGCCAAAAGAUCCACAACCAGCUGGCCGCCGUCGAUGCCGCCCGUCCGGAAGCAGAGUUUGUCCUCUUCCUGGACGACGACGCGAGAAUGUACCCAGAGGCGAUCACUUACCUCGUAACAGACAUGCUUCGCCGACCCGACACGUUCCUUGUAACGGGUUACCCGUUUGACAUUCCGAACCCGGGGUCGCUGUUUUCAUACGCGGUGCUAAGCAGCCUCGAACCCAACAGCCCCAGCACCCCCAGCAACCCCAGCACCCCCGGUAGCAGCGACCCGCCAAUGCUAUCGCCAGCCUACGCGCUCCUGGCACACCCCCUAGACCCGCACUUCUCUGCCAUUCAGUUCUGGAGCUACCUGCGGCGGCAGCUGUUUGCACUCACCACAUACUUCUCCCCACUCAACCGUCGCCUCAACCUCUGGCUGCUGCUCAUGGGCAUGGCCUUUAGCUCUGUCAUGGCUGGAUCGAUGGCUGUCUCACUUUCGUUCCUGGUGCAGUAUUUCUUGCCUUGGAUGGUUAGUUCUGCUGCAGUGGUUUUGGCCGGAGUCCACGGGGGUGUGUCGCUGGUGGCUGCUGCUCCCGUGUGUAACGUUCCUGUGAUCGGUGUGGUUUGCCGUGUGCUGCCGUUCAGUGCUGCUGCUAUUGCCACGUCGCAGAUUGGCAAGCUGUCUCAUCGCCAGCAGCAGCAGCAGCAGCAGCAGCAGCAGCAGCAGCAGCACAGCUCUCCGCAACCAACACACUAG